AUGGCAAAGGUGUAUGUGCGAGCCAUGUGUCCUUCCAGUGCCGCAAGGGCCACACAUUCCACGCCAGAAAGCACACUCACUGGCCACUCCAUUCCGCGGCGGAAUGGAAUGCGACCGUCAGCCUUGUUGUUGUUCGUCCUUCCCUGUAACGUCUCUAGUCGCUUUCUCGGGCUUUUCUCCGCACAGGGCCAUGAUGGUAAGCUCCAAGUCUCCGCUUCGUCGGUCCGCCGCAGCGAUAGCGAUAAUGCCUUCUCCAGCACUAGUAGAAGCAGCAGCAACUUGUCCGACUCCACCUCUUGCUCGGACAACGAAUCUCUCUGCUCCUACCGUUGCCUCAGGAGCUUCAACCAGGAGAGCCAUGCAGUCUUUUCACUCGGCCUUGUUCACGAUGGCGGAGUCAUCUGCGGCGGCCUGGGAAACAACCAGAUCUCAGUGUGGAGACACUCGGAUGCCACUCACCUUCUCACGUUGAGAAGCAAGCUUCACGCCGGUGCUGUCAAGUCGCUGCUUGUGGCUGGCGACAAGCUCUUCAGCGCUCACCAGGACAAGAAGAUCCGGGUGUGGCGGCUUUCCAAAUCCAACCACACGCAGCACACUCUCGUCGCGACGCUUCCAACUCUCAAGGACCUAGUAGCAGAAUCGACGUCAUCAAGGUUCUCGAGCAAAAAGAACAAGGCCGCAAGAUCAGUCCAACAUACCGACGUAGUGUCCGCGCUAGCUCUCGGCGACGGCGUCGUGUACUCGGCCUCCUGGGACAAGACUGUCAAGGUUUGGAGGCUGUCCGAUCUCAAAUGCAUCGAGUCGUUCGUGGCUCACGACGAUGCAGUCAAAGCUCUGGUGGCAAAAGCGGGAUUUCUCUACACAGCCUCUGCAGACUCAAAGAUCAAGAUCUGGAAAAGAGAAGCGAGCGACAAGAAAAGUAGUAAAACUUACCACAGGCACUUGUUGGCCAGAGUUCUUGAGCGUCCAGGCAAUUGCUCCAGCGCAGUGAAUGCAUUGGCACUGGGUGGCGAUGGAGGAGAUGACAAGGUUCUCUACGGCGGAUCCAGCGACUCAUCCAUCUCCGUGUGGGAAUUAAAUCCCGACAUGGAAGCCGUGAGCUUGAGUGGCCUUCUCAGCGGCCACACACAAGCAGUAGCUUGCCUGGCAACACUCCGCGAUCUCCUGUGUAGUGGCUCUGCCGAUAAAACCAUAAGAUUGUGGAGAAGAGAGCGAAAGCAAGGAUACUCACCAUCGCAUAUUUCCCUGUCCGUUGUCCAAGGCCACACCGGCCCCGUCAAAUCGAUCGUGCUCGCCCCCGACAGGAUCGGCCUGUGUAGCAUCACCAGUGGAAGCCUCGACGGCCAGGCCAAAAUGUGGAGAGUCUAUCCCUGCCAGGAGCGAGACGAAGAAGAGGAAGAAUCUCCCCAGUCAGAGCGCUUCUACUUCAAUAGCAGCGAUCCACUCACCGCGAGAAGCGAGGCGCAGCAGUGGAAGCUCAGCACGAUCAAGCACGCCCUAGACGAAGGCGGCCACUUCUUCCGCCUUGCAUUUGAUACUCUCCAAUGCUCAUAGCCAAGAACCCUAGUUUUUUUAAAUUCUAGGGUUCUUCCUUCUUUAAUGCAAGUGUAUACUACAGAUCAUCUCCUGAAA